UUGGUUGGAGCUGUUCAAUCAAGAAGGAAGAUGGCGGCGGCGGUGAGGCAGGAGUUGGCCCAACUUAUGAAUUCUAGUGGAUCGCACAAAGAUCUGGCUGGGAAGUAUCGACAGAUCCUUGAAAAAGCUGUUCAGUUUAGUGGCGCAGAGCAGCUCGAGGCUUUGAAGGCUUUUGUGGAAGCCAUGGUGAAUGAAAAUGUCAGUUUAGUGAUCUCAAGGCAGCUGCUGACUGACUUCUGCACUCACCUUCCCAAUCUUCCUGACGGCACUGCAAAGGAGAUAUACCAUUUCACACUGGAGAGGAUCCAGCCCAGGGUCAUUUCAUUUGAAGAGCAGGUGGCCUCAAUCCGACAGCACCUUGCAACGAUCUACGAGAAAGAGGAGGACUGGAGGAAUGCUGCUCUAGUCCUAGUGGGCAUUCCUUUGGAGACGGGACAAAAGCAGUAUAACGUGGAUUACAAACUAGACACCUAUUUGAAAAUCGCUCGUCUAUACCUUGAGGAUGAUGAUCCAGUGCAAGCGGAAGCUUACAUUAACCGAGCCUCUCUGCUCCAAAACGAGUCCACCAACGAACAGCUGCAAAUACACUACAAGGUGUGCUAUGCCAGAGUCCUGGACUACAAAAGGAAAUUUAUAGAAGCGGCACAGAGAUACAACGAACUCUCAUAUAAAUCUAUUGUACAUGAAAGUGAACGGCUGGAAGCUCUGAAGCACGCCCUGCACUGCACAAUCCUGGCAUCGGCAGGACAGCAGCGGUCUCGCAUGCUGGCCACUCUGUUUAAGGACGAGCGUUGUCAGCAGCUGGCUGCCUAUGGGAUCCUGGAGAAGAUGUAUCUAGACAGGAUCAUUCGGGGGAACCAGCUGCAGGAGUUUGCUGCCAUGUUAAUGCCUCAUCAGAAAGCAACCACAGCCGAUGGUUCAAGUAUCCUGGACAGAGCAGUCAUUGAGCACAACCUGCUUUCUGCCAGCAAGCUCUACAAUAAUAUUACAUUUGAAGAGCUGGGGGCUCUACUGGAGAUCCCGCCAGCCAAGGGCUCUUUUCCCGCUGUCGAAGCCCCUGGUUACAGAUGCGACUUGGCAGAAAAGAUAGCCUCCCAAAUGAUAACCGAGGGUCGAAUGAAUGGCUUCAUCGAUCAGAUAGAUGGCAUUGUUCAUUUUGAAACUCGUGAGCCUUUGCCCACCUGGGACAAGCAGAUCCAGUCACUGUGUUUCCAAGUCAAUAACCUCCUGGAGAAGAUCAGCCAGGCAGCGCCCGAGUGGACAGUGCAAGCAAUGGAAGCACAGAUGACCCAGUAACUCUCUCUCGCCCUCUAGUUUGGACGUUGUCUUCUCCCCAUUCCCUUGCACUGCGAGAGAACAGCAGACCCUUUGUUCAAGAUCAUACUCUAUUUAAAAAUUGCAAAAAUGCUGUUUUGUUGUUUCAGAUAUUCAUGCACAAAAAAAGGGAACAUAUCUCCGUUUUAGGCUAUGUCUAAAUUUAGAAAUAUUAACAGUUUCCUCUUUUGUGUAUUUUCCCAUCCUAGGGACACCUGGGAUCAAGAGAACCGCAGCAGUCGCUAGUUGGCAGAGCAUUGUUUUACUAAGCUGUAAUUAUAAAAUUUUAUAACUUUUUUUUUCUUCUCUAAUUGUCACUAGAAACACUAUCACUGGUGUUUCUUGAAGAUCUUCUAUUUCUUUGCUCUUUUUUUAUAGUUUAAUUUAGAUUAUACAAAUAGUAUAUGUAUAAAAAUACAAUGCUAUAGAUAGAGUUGCUGUUGCUUCCUGGCACUUGGUGCUUUUACAAUAUGUUCAGACUCACACCAAGGGUCUAGCUGCCGCAUUAACUGCAGCAAGGAAACAGCAGUUGAUCUGUGGCGUUGUAUUUGAAAUAUUUGCAUAUCCUGACUUAAUGCUACAAAACAAGUGAAGAACCAAAAGAUAAUACAUUGGGACAAGUGAUAAUUUACCAAGUAAGAGCUCUCCUUCACCCCCACCCCAAAUUAAUAAGAAUACGUAUCUGAAUAAACUCACUGCAGUCUCA